UUGAGGGCCAACAGUUCUUCUCUACCUCCGAGGCCUGGAUCAGGGGAGAUGGACUGGAGGGAGGACAUAGCAAUACAGGAAAUGAUUCAGUAAAACAGGCAACAAAGGAACAUCAAACAGCAAAAAUAGAGGACGUUUUGUAGUUCUUCCCGGAUCACCAGACAUAAGGCUCUCCAGGAAAAGGAGGACCUUUGGCCACCAUGCCUAGGGCUGGUCAUCAUUCCACAGUUGGGGAAAAUUGGAAUCCCAGUAUUGCCUUUGUUGUUGGGAGCCAAGCUGAGGAUGAACUCCACACGAAGGCUUUGUCACUUGCUGUGAAGGUGCCGCAGAGGAGGCUUUUCAGUGUGGUGUCCUGGGAAGGAAUAUUAGCACAGAUCAUAGAAGCUGGAGAUGUAAAAGCAAAGAAGAUCAAAGAAAAAGAAACACCCUUGUAUUAUGAAGUACUAGAGGCAGCAAAAAACAUUAUGGAUGCUGGGGAACAACUUCCUAUAACUCUGAUUGGAAAGUUAAUUAAAUAUCAGAUGCUUUGCCUCAAACAGAAAGACAUGCAGAGAAGAGAUGCUGAAAAGAAGGUAGUUGAAGAUCGUGAAAAGGAAAAAGAAGAAAAGGGAAAAGGGAAAGGGAAAGGGAAACCUGCUGGCAAAAAGGAGAAGCCUCCUAGUGCCAAGUCUGGUGGAAAAGGAGGGAAAGGGAAGAAGGCAUCUGAUUCACCAAAUGUGUCUGCAAGCGCCAUUAAAAAAGACACCAAGCUUAAGCGACGUGGAGAAGAGGAUGACCUGGAUAAGUACAUUGGUGUGUAA